AUGGCGGCGAGGCUGACGGCGAUAGCGACGGCCCUGCGAGCGAUCCCCGGGCGGCGGGGGGCAGCUCUCGCGGCGGCGGCGGCGGCCCCCGAAUGCGGCUCUCGCGGACAGCGGCGCUCAGCUUUCCCGUCCCUGCGGUGGGCGGCGGCGGCGGGCGGGGCGGCGGCGGGGGUGGCGCUGGGGCUGCUGCUGAGCGGAGCGGGGGGCCAGGAGCGCCCGCUGCUGCCGGUCCUGAGCGCCGCCGUGCCGGCCCCCCCGCCGGGCUCCCCGCGCAGCACCUACAACUUCAUCGCGGACGUGGUGGAGCAGACGGCGCCGGCGCUGGUCUACAUCGAGAUCCUGGGCAGGCACCCCUUCUCGGGCCGGGAGGUGCCCAUCUCCAACGGGUCGGGCUUCGUGGUGGCGGCGGACGGGCUGGUGGUGACCAACGCGCACGUGGUGGCCAACCGGCGGCGGGUGCGAGUGCGGCUGGCCAGCGGGGAGCUGUACGACGCGGUGGUGCGGCAGGUGGACCAGGUGGCCGACAUCGCCACCCUCAAGAUCAGCCCCAAGCACCCGCUGCCGACGCUGCGCCUGGGCCGCUCCUCCGAGGUGCGGCAGGGGGAGUUCGUGGUGGCCAUGGGCAGCCCCUUCGCCCUGCAGAACACCAUCACCUCGGGCAUCGUCAGCUCGGCCCAGCGUGGAGGCCGGGAGCUGGGCUUGGCCGCCUCCGACAUGGAGUACAUCCAGACGGACGCUGCCAUCGACUUUGGGAACUCCGGGGGCCCCCUGGUCAACUUGGACGGGGAAGUGAUUGGUGUGAACACCAUGAAGGUCACGCCGGGGAUCUCUUUUGCCAUUCCCUCCGACCGCCUGCGGGUCUUCCUGGAGCAGGAGCAGAAGCACAAGGAGUCUUGGUUUGGCCACUCUGAGGGCAAGCGCCGCUACAUCGGGGUGAUGAUGCUGACCUUGACUCCCAGCAUCCUGUCAGAGCUGAAGAUGAGGAACCCAUCCUUCCCUGAUGUCUCCUAUGGGGUCCUUAUCCACAAGGUCAUCGUGGGCUCCCCCGCUCAUCAGGCGGGCUUAAAAGCAGGGGACGUGGUCACCGAGAUCAGCGGGAAGACAUCCCGGCGGGCAGAAGAUAUCUACGAAGCCGUGAGGACCCAGAGCCGCCUGACCCUGCAGGUCCACCGCGGCUACGAGGUGCUCCUGCUGACCAUCACCCCAGAAGUCACAGAGUAGGGGGGCUCACAGGAGGACACAGCCCUCCCCCACCUCCCUUCCUCAGAUCCCAAAGGCUCUUUCCGUUGAGUCAAGAGCCGCUGAUCCCGUGGCCUUGGCCAGGAAAAUGGCUGGGACCCGGCUGGUGUGUGGCACAGGGCCUUUUGUUCCUCUGGAGAAGGGGUAGGGGCCGCUGUCUCCGGGAGCCUUUAGUGGAGAACCUGCCUUUAGAAUGGCCUUUAGACUGAAAAGGGACCCUGAAGGCACUUACGCCAUUCCUGGCAAGCGGGAUCUUUCCCUCGACUGCCAUCUUGCCCAGCCUGUCCCUCGGAGGGGGGGGGGGGCAGGCACUCCCUAUGAGGUGCUCUUAAGCCCUGUAAUCUGGAACCCUGUGGGACACAUCCUUGAGGAGGUGAUUUUUGCCCUGCUUGCGAGGGGAACCCCCGACCCGUUUUCUGUGCGCUCUGAAAGAAAAGAGAAGCUGGGGAUUCUCAACGGAGAGCAGCAGCAGCAGCUCUGGGAUGAAACAGGCGUCGUACUUAAUGCCAGCCUAUCCCCAUCCGCAGAGAGACCGCCUCCAGGCUGGGGAUGUCGGGAACUGGAGUCCAGCAGUUGUGGCAGCUGUGAACUGUGGGAAGCCUGAUGUAAGGAUUGGGAGUGCGUGGCUGAAAAGUCAAAAUUAUAUUUUUCAAGAUGGCGGC